AGCAGCUUCUGGGCAAGCCCCAGCAAGAAGCCACAGUGGCAUCAUGGUUCCUCAGUCUCUCGGGCUGGUGCUUUUCUGCUUUCUGCUCCAGCUUCAGGGACCCCUAGGAGCUGUAGUUUUCCUAACCCAGGAGGAAGCACACAGUGUCCUACACCGGCAAAGGCGUGCCUACUCAUUCCUGGAGGAGCUGAGGCAGGGCUCCCUGGAGAGAGAGUGCCUUGAGGAGCAGUGUUCUUUUGAGGAGGCCCGAGAAAUCUUUAAGAACACUGAGAGGACAAAGCAGUUCUGGGUUGUCUACACUGACGGGGACCAGUGCGCCUCGAACCCGUGCCAGAAUGGGGGCACCUGCCAGGACCACCUCCAGACAUACAUCUGCUUCUGCCUCCUAGACUUUGAGGGCCGGAACUGUGAGAAGAACAAAAAUGACCAGCUGGUCUGUGCAAAUGAAAAUGGUGGCUGUGACCAGUACUGCACUGACCAUCCAGGGACCAAACGCACCUGCCACUGUCACGAGGACUACGUGCUGCAGCCAGACGGGGUGUCCUGCAAACCGAAAGUUCAGUAUCCAUGUGGGAAAAUACCUGUUCUGGAGAAAAGAAACUCCAGCACCCCCCAAGGCCGGAUUGUGGGUGGCAAAGUGUGCCCCAAAGGGGAGUGCCCAUGGCAGGCUGUGCUGAAAAGCAGUGGGUUAUUGCUAUGCGGGGCCAUCCUGAUGGACACCACGUGGAUAGUGUCCGCAGCCCACUGUUUUGAUGGUAUCCGGAGCUGGAGGAACAUAACGGUGGUGAUGGGUGAGCAUGACUUCAGCGAGAAGGACGGCCCUGAGCAGGUACGACGGGUGGUACAGGUCAUUAUCCCUGACAAGUACAUCCCAGGCAAGAUCGACCAUGACAUUGCCCUGCUUCGUCUCCACCGGCCAGUGACCUUCACCGACCAUGUGGUACCCCUGUGUCUGCCUGAAAGGGCCUUCUCUGAGAACACCCUGUCCAGAAUCCGCUUCUCAAGGGUCAGUGGCUGGGGCCAGCUUCUGGACCGUGGCGCCACGGCCCUAGAGCUCAUGGCCGUCGAAGUGCCCCGGAUGAUGACCCAGGACUGCCUGGAACAUGCCAAGCACAGUGCUAAGACCCCCAAAAUCACAGAUAACAUGUUCUGCGCUGGCUAUGUGGACGGCACUAAGGAUGCCUGCAAAGGCGACAGUGGUGGCCCACACGCCACACACUACCGUGGCACAUGGUACCUGACAGGUGUGGUCAGCUGGGGGGAGGGCUGUGCAGCUGUUGGCCACAUUGGGGUGUACACCAGGGUCUCCAGGUACACAGAUUGGCUGAUCAGGCUCAUGGACUCCAAGCUCCAGGUUGGGGUUCACCGAGUGGAACUAUUCCCAGCCCAGAAAAGGGUGGGGUUGGUGACCACAGUUCCCAGUCUUCUGACCUCAUUGCUGGCCCAGGCUCCAAUCAGGAGGCUAGAUAAGCAGAGGGACCAUGGCCACCUGGGGCCCAGGGUAAGUGACCCUUGUCCCAUGCCUGUCACAGCAGCUGCUGUCCUUGACCACACCAUGGGGAUCCUGCUGCAACUCGGCCUGCUCUAUGUUGUGCUGGCCAGCCUCCUGUUACCUGGAAGAACUGUAUUUAUUAACCGGGAACAUGCCAACAAUGUCCUGACGAGGGUUCGGAGAGCAAACUCAAUUUUUGAAGAGUUGAAGAAAGGAAAUCUGGAAAGAGAGUGUAUGGAAGAAAAUUGUUCUUUUGAAGAGGUCCGUGAAGUCUUUGAGGACAAUAAGAAGGCGAAUGAAUUCUGGAACAAAUACAUAGAUGGUGACCAGUGUGAAAACACUCCUUGCCAGAAUCAAGGCCUGUGUCGUGAUGGCCUUGGGGAGUACACAUGCACCUGCUUGGAAGGAUUCGAAGGCAAAAACUGUGAAUUCUUUGUUCGGAAACUCUGCAGCCUAGACAAUGGAGACUGUGACCAGUUCUGCAGUGAAGAGCAGAACACAGUGGUGUGUUCCUGUGCCAGUGGUUACUUCCUGGGUGACGAUGGCAAAUCCUGCAUCUCCACAGUACCCUUCCCCUGUGGGAAAACCACCAUAGGACGGAGGAAGAGGUCUCUGGGCCAGAACACCAAUCACAGUGAGCCUGUCCCUGAAGACUUCAUACUGGACUUAGAUGUGCUGUCCCCUACGGAGAAUCCUUCUGAUCUGCUCAACCUCAACCAGACACAACCAGAAAAGGACAGCUCAGACCUUGUUAGGAUUGUGGGCGGCCGAGCAUGCAAAGAUGGAGAGUGUCCCUGGCAGGCUCUGCUUAUCAAUGACAACAAUGAGGGGUUCUGUGGGGGCACCAUCCUGAAUGAGUUCUACAUCCUCACGGCGGCCCACUGUCUGUACCAAGCCAAACGAUUCAAGGUGAGGGUAGGGGAUCGGAACACAGAGCAAGAGGAAGGCAAUGAGAUGUCACACGAGGUGGAUGUGGUCAUAAAGCACAACAAGUUUGUGAGGGAGACCUAUGACUUUGACAUCGCCGUGCUCAAGCUGAAGACUCCCAUCACAUUCCGCAUGAACGUGGCUCCUGCCUGCCUGCCUCAGAAGGACUGGGCCGAGGCCACACUGAUGACGCAGAAGUCAGGCAUCGUGAGUGGGUUUGGACGCACGCACGAGAAGGGCCGUCAGUCAAACAUCUUGAAGAUGCUGGAGGUACCCUAUGUGGAUCGCAACACCUGCAAGCUCUCCAGCAGCUUCACCAUCACACAGAAUAUGUUCUGUGCUGGCUACGAUGCCAAACUGGAGGAUGCAUGCCAGGGGGACAGUGGUGGCCCCCAUGUCACCCGGUUCAAAGACACCCACUUUGUGACUGGCAUUGUCAGCUGGGGAGAAGGGUGUGCCAGGAAGGGGAAGUAUGGGAUCUAUACAAAGGUCACGGCCUUCCUCAAGUGGAUUGACAAAUCCAUGAAAGCCAGGGUGGUGCCCACAUCUGAGGUCCCAAAGUCAACAAGUCCUCCCCAUUAAAGCAGUUCUUCUCGAGA